GGGACCACGCGGACCCACAAGUAGUCAAAAAUGAACGUCAAGGCUUCGCGUCCAUCCGCUUGAGCUAAACACGAGACUGCAAAGUUCUUUAUACAGUUUUUGUUGAAUUUGUCGCGUGCCAAGUAUGACCGGCAUCCGUAGCGUGAGCGACUUUCAGAAGAAAAUUUAUGCUGCCGAGAAUAAGGUUGUGGUCUUGGACUUUUACGCCAUUUGGUCAAAUAUGACCUGCAUCCGUAGCGUGAACGACUUUCAGAAGAAAAUGGAUGCUGCCGAGAAUAAGCUUGUGGUCUUGGACUUUUACGCCACUUGGUGCAAGCCAUGCAGAGACAUCAGCAAGACUGUUAAGUCGUUGGCCGAGAAGUACUCUGCCGAGGCUGUGGUACUCAAGAUCAAUGUGGACAGGUACGAAGAUCUGGUGGAGCAAUACAAGGUCACCUGCAUGCCCACAUUUGUGUUCCUGCGGGGCAAGAAGCGCCUUGCCCGCAUCGCUGGCGUAGAUGAGAACAAACUGAUGAAAACGAUGGCAAAGCUAAUCAAGCCUCAGCGGGAGAGAGCAGGCUUGACCGCAAAUUUUUAAGCUAACUUAUUUAUUUUACUGAAUGUGCGUUAUGUGUCUUUGUAACCCUCGAAGGAGGGAAAAUGUCUUUGUGUAUGUUUAGAAUGUAAGAAAAUAUGUGUUUUCAGUGUGGAAACUGCGAAAACUAUCUCAAACAUAACCUCACAUAAUUGUAAGCGAGGCAUCUGCGAUGUCGCGCCCCCUUCCCCUACGCCUCAACAUAACCUCAGUCUCAUACCAUGAGGAAAAGAAAACGAAAAGAACAAACAAGAAAUUGCGUAUGUAUGUAGUCGUGCAUCUGUGAUGCGAAAAUGCGAUACAAAAAUGUUGCCCUUAAACCAUAUUUGAUUAAUAUUUAACGUGUUAUGUAAGCUUGGAAUGCCGCCGUAAAGAAGAAAAAACUACUCGAAAUGCCUUUUAACUGAUAAUUUAUUCGAUUUAAACUUUAAUAAUAAAUAUUCCAAAUUUGACUAAAAA